AUGGUGCCUGUGAAGGCAGAACUGCAAACAAGCCAUGUUAUUCCCCAGGGAGGAGAUGGGAAGGAGCAAGCAAGGGGAAUGAACGCCCUGGAAAAUAUCCACAGGAAGAGGGCAGGGGCUAUUCUGUGUGAAGAUGAGAACCUGCCCACGCUGAAGGCAGACUCGCACGAAGGCCCAGUCUGCGUACCUAGUAGAGCCCAAAGAGUGAUGACAUCUGAGGACCAAGUCCAAGAAGAGACAAAAAUUCUGAAACUGAAAACUAAAAUGGCUGAUAAAGAAAAUAUCAAAAUACUUAUAGGGAGCAAAAAUAAUACACCGGUGGGAAAAAAUUAUAUUCCUUUAAAAUCUUCUAAUGAAUUAACCAAUACAACUACGGAAAUUGAAACCCAUGAUUUUCAGGAUGGCACUCAGACUCUGCAGUUAUCAAUUAAAGAUGAUCCCCCAAAUCAAAAUAUAACACUAAGUCAGGCAUUUCACCUUAAAAACAAUAAGAACAAUACUAAAAAGAAGCCAAUGCCUGCAGAAAAACCAAACCAAACUGCUAACAUGCCCAAGAAACCUGUGCUUGGAGCUUAUUGUGGCCAAAUUUUUCAGUCUAAGGUUAAUUCAUUUAGAAAGCCUCUGCAAGUCAAAAAUGAGAGUUCUGCAACAACAAAUCAACUUCCAACUACUGUCUCCAAAGCUACAAAGCCUGAACCUAUAAACACCAUCAAUGUAACAGUGAGAAGUAAUACAGCUUCAAAUAUAACUGCUACUACUAAAUUUGAAAGCACUAAAUUUGUGAACACUAAAUCUCGGAACCCACAACUUGUGCGACCUCCUGCUAGAAAUCACUACAACAAUACUUGGGACACCAUGAAACAAGGCAUCAGCCAAACCCCUGUCAGUGUUAAAAUCCGAAAAGGGCCUCAAGGAAAAGAAUUUUUGCAACCCAAAAUGGUUUUAUCUAGUGUCAAAACCGGUUCUCAGCCCGUAAAAAGAAACAGGGUGCUAUCAAGAAGCAUAGCACCUGAAAUUGUAUCCAGACCUGCUUCAUCUUCUAAUACCAAACUGAUACAAAAAUCAAAAACCAUUGACCAACGAAGACAUACUAUAGCAAAAUCAACUAUUGAUAGAUCAGCUCAGCCCAAAGAAACUGCAGAAGAGAGAAAAGUUUGUCUGAGUGAGUGGAAAACUAGCAAAGGAAAAGUACUGAAAAGGCCCCCUAACUCAGUAGUUACCCAGUCCACGUCUGAAGGACAAAAUGAAAAAUCAAUUGGAUCUUUUUGGACUACCAUGGCAGAAGAAGAUGAACAAAGAUUAUUUACUGAAAAAGUAAACAAGACAAUUUCUGAAUGCCUGAACCUGAUUAAUAAAGGAUGUCCAAAAGAAAUAUUGGUUACACUGAAUGACCUAAUUAAAAAUAUUCCAGAUGCCAAAAAACUUGUUAAAUAUUGGAUAUGUCUUGUACGUAUUGAACCAAUCACAAGUCCUAUUGAAAAUAUCAUCUCAAUCUAUGAGAAGGCCAUUCUGGCAGGGGCUCAGCCUAUUGAAGAGAUGUGACAUGUCAUUGUGGAUAUUCUAACAAUGAAGAGUCAAGAAAAUGUUAAUUUGGGAGAAAAUAUUGAGACUUAUGCAUCCAAAGAACAAGUUCAAGAAGUCAACACUGAAGACAUAGGUGUUAAUCUAGAGCCAGAAAAAACAGAAAUUGAGAAUAAACAUCAUAGGAAUGUGGUAUUUAAAGAUUGUGAAAAAGAGCAAGAUGACAAAAUGGAAGAUCCAACCAAUGAUGUUAAAACUCCUGAUACAGAAACUAGAGCAAGUUCCUUAAUUAAAUAUAAUGUAUCUACUACACCAUACUUGCAAAGUAUAAAAAAGAAGAUGCAACUUGAUGAAUCAAAUUCUGCAUUUAAGGAGCUGAAGUUUCUAACACCAGUGAGACGUUCUCGACAUCUUCAAGAGAAGACUUCUAAAUUACCAGAUAUGUUAAAAGACCAUUAUCCUUGUGUGUCUUCACUGGAACAGUUAUCAGAGCUGGGAGGUAAAACCUAUGCUUUCGUAUGCCGCCCUAAUGCAGCACUGUGCCCUAUGUACUCCGAGACUGAUACACAAAAGAAUUAA